UUUAACGAGAUAUUUCCAAAUAUUUAGAAUCAAAACACGCAAAUAAAACAUGCUACUUAUAUUGAAAUUUGUGUUAAUAAUUAUAUUAAAUGUAACGUACGAGUCUAUCACGCAAGAUAGCGAAAUAUUAUUGCUGCCGGCAUUGAACCCGACAGGCAUGAAUGAGAUACCAUUAACUUUGAAAGUUUUCGGAAAAUUGAUUCAGUUGAAUCUGCGUAGAGACGAUCAGACUGUAUUGCCUGCGUCUAAUGUAUGGAAAUAUAAUGCAAAAAGCAUUGCUGAAAAUUUUUCGCAGUCAAAAGCAUCGAUCUCUUGCUUUUAUCUUCACGAAGAUCAUGUCAGCUUUGCGGCCAUCAACUUUUGUCAAGGAAAUGGAUUGGAAGGACUCGUUUUUGUGGAAAACGUCACAUUAGAGAUUCGGCCUUUGCGGAACGACUUUGCGCUUCCGUCCAUAAUCGAUGACUUUUGCGUUAAAGAACAAAUUAAUGUUUCAUUUGGCAAAUUUCAUCUUAUUAAAACGUCAGUGCUAUCUUUUAAUGGUUUAAAUCUAAAUCAUUGGAACAACUUUAAACCGAAGCGACGUCGCGUACGAAGUACACAAGAAAAGAUAACCAUAGAGCUGGCAGUUUUUUUCGACGAAGCAGCAUAUCGCACAUUUAUGCCUCUUCUGGACAACAAUAAGGAAAAAAUACGCUAUAUGAUAUUAGCGUAUGUGAAUCGUAUUCAGGCUAUAUUCCAUCAUUCGAGUUUGGGUGUUUCUAUACCAUUAACUCUCAAAGUUUUCGGAAAAUUGAUUCAGUUGAAUCUGCGUAGAGACGAUCAAAUGGUAUUAUAUGCGUUUGAAGUAUGGAAAUAUAAUGCCAACGACGUUGCAGAAAAUUUUGCGCAGUUAAAAGCAUCGAAUUCUUGCUUUUAUCUUCACGAAGAUCAUGUUAGCUUUGCGGCCAUCAACUUUUGUCAAGGAAAUGGAUUGGCUAUUCUCCAUCAUCCGAGUUUGGGUGUCUCUUUCGAUAUUUCGUUGAGACGUUUGGAGUUCAUGGAAAAACAACCGAUAAAUUUACCAGCUACCAGCAGCAACCAUAAGAAGCUGCUGCAUUUGUUCUGCAAUUAUGCGGAAGUUCGCAAGCCUCCGAACAAAAAUGAUCCCCGUUACUGGGACAUUAGCCUUUACCUAACAGGAUUAGAACUUAAUAAACGUUUGGAGAACGAUUCUAAUAUUUAUAACGUUCUGGGAUCAUCCUACACCGGUGGCUUAUGCGAGAAGAAUUUUUCAUGCUCGAUCGCAAGGUUUCGUGCUACUGAAAUCGUAUCUUCGGGUUUAAAAUCAUCUUCUACAGGUGCCCAUGAAAUUGGUCACGUGUAA